CCUUUCUUCAUCCACAUCGCAAGACCUACUUUAUACUCGCCUAUAUCCCGUUCUCUCCGUACCAAGCACCCUUUAGACGCCUCUCGACUCUACUACGCCAGCGAAAUGCAUUACUUCUCGCAGCUCUUCAAUUACGAUCACCCCUGGUCCCAUGUCGUCAUUGGGAUGUGGCACAAGUACCCGAACGCGCACUGCAGUCAUGUAGUCACCAUCGACGUCGUGGACCGCUCCGUCGACCCAAACACUGGUAUCGUGCGGACGGAGCGGAUAUUGGGGUGCAAGCAAAAGGCACCUACAUGGAUAGUGAAGUUGUUUGGCGGUUCUGAAGACGCGUUCGUCCGCGAGGUGUCCUUCAUCGAUCCCGCAACGCAAACAGCAACGAUCACUUCCGUCAACCUCUCCCUAUCGCAGUUCGCGACGUGCUACGAGACUAUCCGUUAUUCUCCAGCGUCGCGCGGACAGACGUCCUUCCAUCAGACGGCUGAGAUACAGGCGCAGAUGAACCUCUGGCGAACUGCAUCAGACAAGCUCGAAAACUGGCUUGUUCAGCGGUUUGAGCAGAACGCACAACUCGGCAAGCUCGGCUUCUCGGACGUCCUCCGACAACUCUGGGAGAACCGUGACCGACAGCAAGCGCAGACAGCAUAAUCGGGUGCCUUCCUUCCCCGCCCCCGACCCUCGUCGUCUGCGUGCACUCGGUUCUUGGCUCUGGUCUGAUCUUUCGUAUUCUAUGGGUCUUUGGUGGAGCAUGAUCACGCACGCACAGGUCUUCUGCGCGUGCGCGGUUUUAGACGGGUUCGAGGACGUUCGUAUAUAGUAGACUGCCGACCUGUCCCAUUCCCCCGCAAAAGCGUCGGCGCCCUCGCCGACGCCUGUUCACACACCAUGAUAUUACGAUACACUCAUUGUACUCUAACCCCCCGCAUAUCUUUCAGUCUGGCCACCGAUUCGUUGUCGAGCAACAUCUUAGAUACCGCGCUCGUACCUCCCUUAUUACUCCCUACGUGCGCCUCAUCCCUCGACCGCCGACCUCAUUCCACCAUUCGCCC